UUAUAAGCCUUAAAGGCUUCAACUUGCUGGCAUAUAUAUAUUUGAUUAAAUAUAAAUUAUUCGUGUUAGUUAAAUGACCAAAUUUGACUGAGCACGCCUUCCCUAAUGUAGCAACCAGCAGCCAGCAGCCGAGGAACAGAAAACUACACAAAUCACAGAGAGACACACACAGAGUGUCUUCGCCUCUAUGUGUGUGUUUGCCUGAUUGUGUUGCUGUGUUUGUGGUGCGGGCAUUUCAAACGUUGUGGUUUAGCAAAAUUCUCAAAAAUAAGAAACUAAAAAAAGCAAAAAAGACAAACAAAAAUAUAAAAAUUUUGUAAACAAAGCGAACGUCAAGCAGAGCAGCAGCAGCAGCAGCCAAAACUGUUAACCUUUUGGGGAUAUCAAGCAUUUACGGCAGCUCGCGGCAACUGUAACAUUUAAGUUUUUAUCUGAACAAAGUAAAGUUUUGUUGUACGGAUUGCGCCGCCCACAAAUUCGAAGGAGCAGAGCAGAAGGCGUCUGGCAGCCGCAAGUGCACGUGCGCCUUGCCUCAAAGGACGCUUGAGGACUUAAAGCAACAUUUUUUGUUUAUUCUUCUGUUGAAAAAACUUUUUAUAUCCCUUUCAAUUUGAUUUUUGCCAGAGAGCUUUAGAGGGAUUUAAAUUUAGGUGCAGAAGUUGAAACUAUUCACCGUUCAGCCACAAUGAGCAAAAAGAAAAGCCGCAUAGGAAUCAAGACGGAGAGCAUGCAGUUGGCCCAAACAAUUUUGUCGACCAAAGCAAGCAUUGCCACCAAACGUUCUAUAUCCAUUGAUCGACUGGGUGGCGUGGAGGACAUUGCCCAGUUCGACAGUUCUGGCAUCCCGUUCAUAUUGGUUGAUGGGAACAGUGUCCGCAGUCGUCAUCAGCUGCACGUGACCCUGUCGAAGCGAGAGAAGAAGCAUAUGAAGCAUAUCAAGAGGCAGUGCAGUGUGCUUCCUUGGUUGGAGCACACGAGGCCACUUUCAGAUGUCGAGCCCAUUACGCAAGCGGAGAAAGACGCUAAAAUAGAACAAGAUUUUCAGGAGGAUCUCCAACUAUUAAAGCUGGAUAUACAGAAAAUUGAUGAAACAAGUUGGGAGUCUCAGUUGACAGAAUCGCUCACGCCUAUUGCUCACGCCGUCAGCACAGAGGAUCUGACGCCUAACUUGUCAAGAAUCGAAGAGAUUCGCAUACAGCUGGAAAAGCUACGCGAGCAGCAGCAAAGCGAUGCCUCCGAUCCCAUGCCACUCUCUGAGCAACUGCGCAUCAGAAGGCAGGCCACCUUUGACAUAGACCGGGAUGUAUCCAUUGCGAAGUCCACCUCGAGCCUUUCCCUCGACUUCCAGACGCCCAUCUUGUCGCAACAGCGUUUGAUUCGUGCCACAACCAUCAGCCAGCUGGCCAGAGUUGAGUCACGGCCGAGCUUACAGAAGGUAUACAGCUCGACCUGUUUGACCGAUAAGAGCACGUCCAGCAUGGUCCUGGGAAGUAACUGCUCCCGACCAGAGCCCUUUCACACUCCGAAAUCGCCUGGAGCACCCAUUACUAAUAGAAUCGGAGAUCUGCUCAUGCAACUGCCGAAUCAGCAACAAGAGAAACGUCCGCUUAACCCUAGAUCCUACUCAUAUGUGGUAACUGUUUCGCCCAAAUUGGGCAGUAACAGGUGUAAGGUCGAACCGCUUUCCUUAACCAAAACCAGAUCGCUUAUGUUACCGAAUGCCGCCUGCUGUGUACCCGAAAAGUUUAUUAGAGAACGGACAAUAGAUAUUGUUGCUGUCCCCUCCACACUUCAAACCAAAUCACGAACAUUCCUAACGGUCCCUCGACUGUUCAAGAAACUAAAAAAGUGAUCCUUCCAUACAAUGCCGAUAGCUUUACUGCACAAUCGGCAGAACUUAAUUUCAUUUUACAAUUCGAUCUUUCUUUUUAUCACUAUUUGAAGGGGUCCACUUCUCAAUGGUU